AUGGCACAAGCUGUUGUGGCAACAGUCAGCUCCAUCGACCAUGCCCUCUACUCCAAACUUAGUGAAGCUCAGAUUGAACCAACUGCAGGGAAUACAUCAGAGGAAGCUACUCAAAUGCAUUUGCUUCGCCUUUCAAGAUCCUUGGCCCCAGCCGAUUUCUAUUCACGAUUGCUCGAGACUCAGGAUACGAAUAUUAUGCUUACCGAAACUGAUCUUGAGCUUCUUGCCCAGGCUCCUAAGGACCGAAAGCAAAUUACUGCACGAUUAGAACGAAGCCCAGCAUCAUUUAUGAACUUCACCAAGACAGACUUUGAAAAAAUGAGGCGUCAGAUGUAUCCAUCAAGCUCAAGUUCCUUUGAUGAAAAUAGCAUGUCUUCAACAGGAUAUUAA